GACUCAACGCGCCGGCGCUCUCGUAUCAGUCAGCUGUUCGACCUUGUGCGCAGUAACAAAAUAAACCAAACAAAAUGGAUUUCAGCGACAAAGUUGUUUUAAUAACCGGCGGCAGUUCAGGAAUUGGAGCGGCUACCGCUAUUUACUUUGCCAACCUGUCAGCAAAGCUGGUAUUAGUUGGCCGUAAAGAAAAGGCCUUGCGGACAAUCGCUGCAUAUUGUGAGAAUGCAAAAGGAAUAAAACCUUUUACUAUAGUCGCAGAUGUUACUGAGGACGGAGACGUAGAAAGGAUCGUCGACGAUGCCGUGGGACAUUUCGGGAAGCUGGACGUGUUGGUUAACAGUGCCGGCAUUUUAAAGCCGGGCGGAAUGAAGAACUCCGAUAUGGGUAACUAUGACACUAUCAUGUCUACGAAUAUGCGCGCCGUUUACCACUUAACUAUGCGGGCUACGCGUCAUCUCGUCGAAAGUAAAGGCUGCAUUGUCAACGUGUCAAGCAUAAAUAGUACGAAGCCUAGCGCUUUAACCAUAGCUUACAACGUUUCGAAGGCCGCAUUGGAUCAGUUUACAAAAUGCGUAGCGCUGGAAUUAGCGGAAGAUGGGGUUCGCGUCAACUCCGUGAACCCUGGAUUUGUGAAAACGAAUAUCCUGAGUGAUGCGGGAUUAUCGGAAGACCAAUUGGAGCUGGUCGUGCAGAAUAUUGUGAACAACAUGCCGCUGAAGAAGCCCCUGGAGGUGGAUGAGGUUGCUGGCGUCAUCGCAUUUUUAGCGAGCGACAAAGCAAGAAGCAUUACUGGAUCUUGUUACGUGAUAGAUGGCGGUAGCUUGUUAAAGUAAAGCUAUGCAAUCUCAAAGUACAAUAUAUUAUGUACUUAAUUAGAAAUGUUUAUGGUUCAAAACCUAAAUGUAUCAAAAAAGUAUUUCACAUAAUAAUUAUAUUAUUAUGUUAGAUUAGUGCCGUUGAUGAAUUAUGUAUUCCUUUAUUAA